AAAUAAAACAGAAUGAACGGGUAAGAGGUGAAGCUGUUCCUCGUUACUUCAAAAGCCCUAUUAUCGCAAGUUCCAGAUCACGACGAUUCUUCUCUAUAUUUCUUAAUCGUUGUUCAUCAAACGAUGCUUGGUGGAUUAUACGGAGACUUACCUCCUCCAUCAUCAACAGAUGAAGAUUCUCAUAACAGAAUCACCAAUCCUUCCUCAAAUGUCUGGUCUAGCAGUGUCAAAAUGGCACCACCAACACUCCGCAAACCAUCUUCUUCUUCACUCAUCCCGCCCCCCAAAACCCUUUUGAAACCCCAACAAACCAAACCCAGAAUCGUCAAUUCCACAGCAGUUGCCCCUCCGGUGCCAGAUGUGAUCACCAGAAGCUCAUCGUCGUUCCAACCGGCUCUUGUGGGUGUCACGUCGUCGGUGGUAGAGGAAUACGAUCCCGCUAGACCAAAUGAUUACGAGGAGUACAAGAGGGAAAGGAAACGGAAAGCCGCCGAGGCUGAGAUGAAGAGAGAACUCGACCGGAGGCGGCAAGAAGAGGAGGAAAGGGAAAAACGAGAUAGGGAGAAUAUGGAGAAAGAUAGAGAGAAGGAUUAUAAUAUCUCCGGCGAGGAAGCGUGGAAGCGCCGUGCUGCCAUGAGUGGCGGCGGCGGUGGUAGUGGUGUCCCUAGGAGGUCGCCUUCUCCACCUGCUGGUGGUGCUGAUGGAUUUAGUAUCGAAAAGUCUGAGACAGGUGGUUUGGGCGUUGGUGCUGGUGGACAGAUGACUGCUGCACAAAGAAUGAUGGCUAAAAUGGGAUGGAAAGCAGGUCAAGGAUUGGGUAAACAGGAGCAGGGGAUUACGACUCCAUUAAUGGCGAAGAAGACAGAUAGGCGAGCUGGUGUUAUCGUCAAUGCUAGUGAACCUAAACAACAGCCAGAAAAGAAGGCAAAAGGUGUUAACAUCAAUGGUGUUCCUACCCGUGUUGUGCUUCUCAGGAACAUGGUGGGUCCCGGCGAGGUAGACGACGAUCUAGAGACCGAAGUAGCAGAGGAAUGUGCAAAAUACGGGACGGUGACACGAGUUUUGAUAUUUGAAAUUACGGAGCCGAAUUUUCCGGUGGAUGAAGCGGUUAGAAUAUUCGUGCAGUUUGAGAGAUCGGAACAAGCUACAAAAGCACUUGUGGAUCUUGAAGGUCGGUUUUUCGGGGGUAGAGUUGUCCGUGCAACUUUUUAUGAGGAAGAAAGGUUUAACACCAAUGAGUUGGCUCCAAUGCCCGGGGAAGUCCCCGGAUUUAUCUAGAAAUUUUUAGGGUUUUCGGUUUUGUUGAUACUAUUUUUUGGAUUUUGUUACAUUAUGGAGUAACUUUUAUGAUGUAGAAGCUUUUAUUUUGUAAUCAAGAUUUAUAAUGUACAAGUUUAUUUGGGUAUGUUCAUAACUAAA